AUGUCGCCAUGGACCGUCGAAGAGGAAGCGGCCGUGAGGAGGAAGCUGGAUUGGCAGGUCGUGCCCACGGUGACUGUUCUCUACAUGCUUUGCUUUCUUGACCGAGCCAACAUCGGCAACGCCCGCAUCCAAGGCAUGGGCACCGAGCUCAACCUGGUCGGGUAUCGCUUCAACUGGGCGCUGUCGGUCUUCUACAUCGUCUACGUCAUGAUCGAAGUGCCUAGCAACAUUAUCCUCAAGCGCGUGGGCCCCCGGUUCUACAUCCCCGGGCUCGUCGUCGGGUUUGGCUUCGUUUCUAUGUGCACGGCUUUCGUCCAGACGUUCGAGCAGCUCUGCGGCUUGCGCGCCCUCCUCGGUGUUUUCGAAGGCGGAACGAUGCCCGGUAUUGCGUUCUUCCUCAGUAGCUUCUACAAGCGUGAGGAGCUGCUUUUCCGUGUGGGAAUUUAUGUCGCUUCCGCGUCCAUGGCGGGGGCUUUUGGAGGCCUCCUAGCCACCGGCCUCUCCCGUAUCCCCCCCUGGGGAAUCGCCGCCGCCCCUGUCACCACCUGGCGCAACAUCUUUUUCUUCGAAGGCAUAAUCACCAUGAUCGCGGGCCUCCUGGCCCCCAUCUUCCUUCCGCAAAGUCCCGGUGUCUCAACCCGCCUGACCGAACGGGAGAGAUGGAUCGCCGACGAGCGCCUCCGCCUCGAGCACAAGAUGAUCUCGGACGAGCAGGUCAAGUUACGCCACGUCAAGCGCGCCGUCAUGAACAUCAACAACUACGUCUGCGCCGGCGGGUUUUUUCUGAUCAAUAUCACCGUUCAGGGGUUGUCGGUAUUCAUGCCAACCGUGUUGGCAGAUUUGGGCUGGACAGCGACCAAGGCACAGUUGUAUAGCGUGCCGCCGUAUGUCAUGGCGUCGGUGGUGGCCAUUGGGAUUGCGUUUGUGAGUGACAAGACGCGCAUGCGCGGGCUGUGGUUGGCGCUGUUUACGCUCAUCGCUAUUACCGGGUUUUCAAUCCUGAGGUGGAGUCAUAACCCUUCGUUAAAGUACAUGGGGGUUUUUUUCUGCACUGUCGGCGCCUUUCCGGGCGGUCCCGGGUUUCUAUCCUGGGGCUUGAACAAUGCCUCGGGGCCGGCAGUUCGUGCUGUUUCGGGAGGUUGGAUUGUCACGAUCGGAACGCUGGGAGGUGUUUUGGCUACUUGGACCUACCUUGCGAGGGAUGGGCCGGAUUAUCCUAUUGGAAACUCGAUCAACUUGGGGGGUCAAAUUCUUACGCUGUUUUUGACGCUUUUCGGCAUAUUUUAUUGUAUGUGGGAGAAUCGGCUCAGGGAAAGGGGUGGGAGAGAUUAUCGACUUGAGGGGCUUACUGAAGAGGAGCAGGCCGGUUUGGGAUACAGACACCCUCAGUUCAGAUACAUUUUGUAA